CUUUUGCGAGGGGAGGGACGAGAAUCGAUGAAGGGGGCGAAGCAGGUAUUGAGUCGUGUGUAGUUAUACUCGUCGAGCCGGUCUAGCCCUACGGAUAUAGUGUUAAGGGCUUCUCUCGUCAGUUAACUGAUUAUCAACCUUUCUCCCGACGGUCCGCGAAGGUUUAUUUUCCCUUUACCGCUCGUCGGGCGCCGGGUUUCGUUUCAUGGCUUGGGACAGUCGUGACAAAAUGGAUGAUUACGACGAAAUCUCAGUUAUGGACGUCUACGACAUCGUCACCGACUUCGCCAAAGAAUUCCGCCCCAUUAUUGACAUGUACGGGGCAGAUCCGAUCAACAACAUCAUGGGCAAGGUAGUCACCAUGUUGGAGAGGCUCGAGGACCAGACGGUGAAAAUCGUCAAUCUUAAAAAAAUAAUACAGGACAGAGACAGCGUGGUCGCCAGGCUGGAGAGGGACAAAUUAGAAAAAGCGGCAGAACGUCAACGUUUCGAAAAGGAAUUGGAACAAAUUGAAGAACACUGGAGGGAAGAAUCGCACGAAAUGGUUCAAAUUAUUAACAGGCUUCAGGAAGAGAACAGAAAGCUUAUAAAAUCACUUGCAGAGAAACAAGACAGCCCUUCUGUAAAUAAUUCACAUCCUUUAAGCCCUGAACUUGACAUUGCUGUAUUACAAAAGUCUAUAGCAUCUAAUGAAAAAUUGCGCGAGCAAUUGAAAAUGAAAGAACGUGAGGUUAAUGCCAAAGCAUCCGAAGUUGAUAGUCUAUUAGAUCAAGUAGAUAGGCUCUCAACAAUAAACAAAGAGCUACGUAAAAAAAUUAGAACUAGUCAGGCCCAAGCGAAUAGGCUGAUUGAGGAAAGGGCCGAUAUAUUAACCCAACUACAAGACCAACAGUAUGAAACUAGUAUAUUGCGCCAGCGCUUGGGAAUUGCUGAAAAAGAAAAAGAAGAUCUAGCACAAUCAAAUGUUGAUAUAAUGGAAAUCAAAACCAAAAAUGUUUGUGAUUAUGAAGAUCCUAAUAGGCCUAGAUAUACUACCGAAGAGAUAAAAGAAAUUUUAAAGGAAAGGAAUGAUUACCAAGCCAAAAUUAGUGAACUUGAAAGAGAACUUGAAAAAUACAGAAAGUCAGAUGCCAUUAAUACUGAAAUAGAGGAAGACGACGACGAUGAUGAUGAUGAUGAUGAUGAUGCUCCAGUUCAGGGUCCAUUGCCAUUUGAACCAAAUGAUGCUCCUUGGAGAAAAUCGGAAUCUGGCAUUAGAAAAAUGUUCAGGAAACUAUUUAAUGAGACCAACAUGACAUUCUUGGGUAACAGCCCUAAAAGAAGUUUGUCGUCACUUUCUAAAAUGACGCUGACCACUACAGCUGGGGAUACUGCAUUAUAAAGUAUUUCUUGCAUGCGUUUUUCAAAACCAAAGAAUUUAUACUUUCAAAACAGUUUGUGAAAUUAGUUUAAUUUAAUUAUUUUUUAAAGCAAGUACAUAAAUUUGAGUACUUUUAAUAUCAGCAUGCACGACAAAUUGUUUCUACGUCAUUAUUUUUUAUAUGAACGACUGUACAUACUCAGCAUUUUAAAAGUGAUUUCUUCUAGGUUUAUUCAUUAAUAUUUUCACAUUUUUCAUUAAAACAUUUAUAUCCUUUGUUCUGAAAUUUUUUCGUGGGAUUGGUUUGCCUAAAUUUAAUUUGUCUUCCAAUUGUCAAGACUAGAAUUGCACUAAAAAUUAUGUUAUGAAAAAGUAGCCAAUGUUGUAAGGCAGCCACAGCAAGAUACAGGAAAAUUGUUAGGAGAGGUACAAGGGGUAGUAUGGUCUUGGGACAAAGGGGAAAGAAACACAGUAUAAUAAGGUUUACAAUAAAAAUCAGAAAACGAGAAAAAAAGUAAAAAAAUAUAUGUAUUUAUAUGGAAGUAUAUUUCACAGCAGAAUCUAAUUCAAAGGCAGUUCCCUAGAGUGCACGAAGACUUAUGGAAGAGAAGAAGGAUGGAGCCUCGAACCCCAGAACUCGCAGAAGCGGGCAUUCUUCUUUCAGUGCCCGGCUCAAUAUCAAAAGGAGUGAGCUUCUGCUCGUUUUCUGUGAACCUAGGCAACUCUCAAAAGUGUUAAUCCAUGCUUUUGGAUUGAGUCCUUGAGGUUCGAGUUGAAUUCAGGUAAAUGUAUAAAUUCAUUGGAUAAUGUCAUCUUCUGCAACAAUGCCUGUAGUUGUUCGUCAUCUUCUCGGGCCUUGUGAGACAGGCUAACGAUGUCGUUGUCAGGACGACUCCGAAAAUCAUUCCUGACUUGCUG